CGGACGUCGAUACCAUGGUCCCGAGUUGGUCCCGAGUUGUCAGCUCCAGGGAUGCAGCCGUAAAUAUUCUUAGCUAGUCCGCUGUUGUCUUUCCGAUAAGCCUCUCCCCUUCCCGACCAUUGGACAGUUUGAAAACCAGAACUGCCGACCAUUCCCUCUCAAUGUCAACUUCAGGCCAGGAAGCCGGCACAGAGAACUCACCUUUGCUUCGCCGUCAUGUUGGACAUCAACCCGACAGUAUAUACCAGGCAACCUCAAGCUUGCUAGAGGAUGGUGGUACGGAUACCCUUGGUCCCCGGGCAUCGUUUGGAGCACACUUUGAUGCUAUACCCGUUGAGAAGCGUCGAUUAGGCGUGAUGAGCGCCGUGAUGCUCAUCUUUAACCGGGUGAUUGGUACUGGAAUUUUCGCCUCGCCAAGUUUCAUUCUACGAUCGUCCGGAAGUGUCGGUCUCACUUUCGUUAUGUGGAUAUUGGGAUCUCUUGUCGCAGCAGCUGGCACCGCUGUAUAUAUCGAGUUGGGAACGGGACUUCCUCGAAGCGGUGCGGAGAAGACAUACCUCGAGUUUAUUUUCCGUCGACCCAAGUAUCUGGUUACCUGUAUAUUCGCAAUAUACGUUCCCAUUACCGGCAUAUCAGCGGCUGCGGGGCUGGUUUUCGGAGAAUAUGCUAUAGCGGCACUUGACCUGGCACCGACCGCCUUUAACGUCCGAGCAGCAGCGUUCAUUUGUUUGACAUCAUGCCUCAUUCUUCAUGGCGCUUUACUUGACUUGGGCCUACGUAUACAAAAUGCACUUGGUAUCUUCAAAUUCGUGGUCAUCUUCUUGGUAGCGGGCUCCGGAAUCCUAAGUCUUCUUAAAUUUCCCGGGUUCGCUGUCGGCCCAGAGUUCGAUCCUCCUCUCAGUUUCUCUUCAUGGGAUUCCUUCUGGGAGGGUAGUGAUGUCGGGCCUACUGCCUUUGUCACGGGCAUGUUCAACGUCAUCUGGUCUUACAUAGGGUACUCCAAUGCAAACUACGCACUUUCUGAAACACGAGAUCCCGUUCGCACAAUCAAGCGUGCCGCUCCGCUUGCGAUGUUCUUUGUGGCCUGCUCAUAUAUAUUUAUCAAUAUCGCCUACUUUGCAGUCGUCUCAAAGCAAGAUAUCCUCGGAAGUGGAACAGUCGCAGCUGCUUUGUUCUUUAGGAACCUCUAUGGGCCUGCAACCGCUAGGGCAAGUUUCAGCCAUACUAUUCUCAGUGCCAUUAUCGCGCUAUCAACCCUCGGCAAUAUCCUAUCCGUCUUCUUUACCCAAGGAAGGCUCGUGCAAGAACUCGGUAGAGAAGGCGUUGUCCCCUUCUCGUCACUCUUUGCCAGCAACAAGCCCUUCGGCGCCCCUCUCGCUGGAACCUCUGUGCAAUAUCUGAGCACUAUCAUUGUCGUCCUUGCUGCCCCUCCAGGCGAUGCAUAUCUCUUCAUAGUGAACCUUGCUUCAUAUCCCAUGGUGAUGUUCAACAUGGUACUUACCGGUGGCUUAUUGCUUCUCUACACGGCCCCUUUCAAAGCAUGGGACUGGAACCCGCCGUUUAAGGCUUAUAAGCCAGUCGUGGUAUUCUUCUUCCUGGCUAAUAUAUUCCUUGCCGUCAUUCCUCUCCUUCCGCCAAACCGAGGCUUUGAAGUUUACGAACAUCUUCCUUACUGGUCACACAUCGUUAUAUCAAUAGCCAUCGGGCUUCUGGGAAUCUUGUACUGGUUCGUUUUCUUCAAGUGGAUACCACAAAGACGAGGAUACCGACUAGAGCAAGAGACGGUCCUUCAGGAUGAUGGGGUAUCACGGACUGUGCUUCGGAAGGUCCAAGAUGAUGCGGCGCAUUAGUGACUUAGAACAGACGCGCUGAUGCGGCGACACUGGGUUGACACAAUCCAUUCACUGAAUAGAUAACCAGCGCGAUGGGAUUUAAAUGCUUUGUGAUGUUCUUAUGGUAUUGAGCAGCCUUGAAGUCGCCCACAACCUCAAACCGUCUCCUGAGGGCGCACGACGAGCUUCACGCCGCUGACCUUGUUUGCCUUCAUGCGGUCAAGGCCAGCGUUGACACCCUCCAGUCCACCAGAGAGAACCUCGACCUUG